AUGGAAAAGGGAGACUCCAUCUCCUCCAUCCUGGGCAUGUGGUUGGACCAAUGCCCAGACGAUUUCUAUGAGCUGCCGGAUUUUCCCUGCCUCCAUCUGCUGGUCGACUACAUUGGGCUCAAUAUGCCUGGAUCAGUUCUAGAGCAACGUGCCCAGCUUCUUCUUAAAAAUAUGAAAGACUCAAAGCCGAUUGAGUCAGAGGCAAAGGGUCUGGAGCUCCACACAGCUGAAGUGGAAGAUGUAGAGCUGGAGAUAGCUCCUCAGGCAGCUCCUGAAACAGCUGCAGCAGUUACAGCAGAGGAAGAGCCAGUGCCAGCUCCAAACCCAGAGCCUCCCUGCCCUUCAUUUGUGGACACAACAUCUAGGCUGAGAGAGGAGGAGCUGAGCAUCUUAACAUUCCCUCCAAAGCUGGUGGCAGAGCAGUUAACAAGGAUGGAUGCGGAGCUGUUCAAGAAGGUGGUACCCUACCACUGUCUAGGAUCCAUCUGGUCCCAGAGAAACAAGAAGGGCAAGGAGAACCUGGCGCCCACUAUCCGUGCCACCAUCACACAGUUUAAUAACGUGGUCCACUGUGUCAUCACCACAUGCCUCGGGGACAAGUCCAUGAAGGCCCCAGACAGGGCCAGGGUGGUGGAGCACUGGAUCGAGGUGGCCAGGGAGUGUCUGAUCCACAGGAACUUCUCCUCACUCCAUGCUAUUCUCUCUGCACUGCAGAGCUCCUCCAUACAUCGUUUAAAGGAGACCUGGGGAGAAGUGUCCAGCCGUAGCUUCCAAACUUUUCUAAAGCUGUGUAAGAAGAACACACUGAACAAGGACCUGCUCAUUAAGAAGAAAAUGUCCAAGUUUUCCAUCCUGAAGAUGAACCUCAGGAGAGCCCAGGACGGGCAACAGGAGAAGGAGAUGGAUAUCUUCCAGGGCACUGUCCCCUACCUGGGAGUGUUCCUCACGGACCUGGUAAUGCUGGACACGGCUCAGCAGGAUUUUCUGGAUGGAGGUUUGAUCAACUUUCAGAAAAGGAGAAAGGAGUUUAGUGUGCUGCAGGAGAUAAAACUCCUCCAGGAGUCCUGCCAACACUACACCAUUGUGAGCCAGGAACAAUUUGGGACUUGGUUCCAGGACUUUGACAAUCUCAGUGAGAAUGAGAGCUACAACAUGUCCUGUGAGCUGGAGCCCCCGGCACAGGUGGCCAGCAACACCCACUCAUCCUACAAGAAGACCUAA